CUUGAAUGACUUAAUUAUCUGUCGUUGGGGCCUUGGUAGCUUGAUAUCAAUAUUACACCUCUUGUGUCUGUGAUCUGCUGAGUCUGCGUGCGCAAAUACCUCUGACAAACAAUAUGCCCAUGAAGCUGGAUGGGAGCUGCCAAUGUGGCAGCGUCCAAUUUACACUUGAAUCCCACACUCCCGUGCCGUAUCAGCUCUGUGCGUGCAGUAUUUGCCGUAAGGUGGGUGGGUUUGGUGGCAGCGUCAAUUUGGGUGGGAUUGCGGAUACUCUCAAGGUUACCAAGGGGAAGGAUUUGAUCAAGAAAUACUCUGCCAUUCGCCGGCCUGAGAUGACACCGUGCUCGUCCCAGAGAAGCUUCUGUUCUAACUGCAGCACUAUGCUUUGGCUCUGGGAUCAUCACUGGCCGGAAUUGAUUCAUCCGUUUGCCUCUGCGAUAGAUACCGAGUUACCGGUGCCGGAUGAGAUGGUGUGCAUUAUGGACGGGUCAAAACCAUCUUGGGUACGGUGGCCCGAAGGGAAGAAGAGCGUGCAUCAAGCAUAUAAUGAUGACAGUCUCGAGGGGUGGCACAAAAAGCAUGGGCUAUUUAUUCUAUAAGUCAUCCACUACACUACUCUUGUCCAGUGGGUCUACAUGAAUUCAAGGCAAGUAACAG